AAAAAAGAGGGUAUUUUUAUCAGUAAGUCUGGCGGUGAAUAUCAAUCCCCCUUUCUAAUUUUCCCUCCAAAAUAUCCCCCCUGGCUCUCAGUAGAGAGAGAGAGAGAGUCCUUCUGUACGUCGCGCGUCAUGUCCGGCGGUCGCCCCAUCCGCGUCCUGAACGUGGCCGAGAAGCCGUCCGUCGCCAAGGCAGUGGCUGGGAUCCUCUCUCGCAACCACGGUCUCCGCACCCGAGAUGGACGGUCCCGCUACAACCGCAUCUUCGAGUUCGACUACACGAUCCGGUCCCAGCCCUGCCGCAUGCUCGUCACCUCCGUCACCGGCCACCUCAUGGAGCUCGACUUCGACGACCGCUACCGCAAGUGGCAUUCCUGCGAUCCCGCCGACCUCUACUCCGCACCUGUCCGCAAGAACGUCCCGCAGGACAAGUUGGACAUCAAGAGGACUUUGGAGGAUGAAGCCAGGCAGUGUCAGUGGCUUGUAUUGUGGCUUGAUUGCGAUAGGGAAGGUGAGAAUAUUGCAUUUGAAGUGGUAGAGGUCUGUACAGCUGCAAAUCGUCAUCUAGACAUAUGGAGGGCUCGGUUCUCUGCAUUGAUUGACAGGGAAAUCCAUGAGUCUGUGCAGAAUCUUGUUCGCCCAAAUGAACUGUUUGCGGAUGCAGUGGAUGCUAGGCAGGAAAUUGACCUCCGUAUUGGUGCCUCCUUCACUAGGUUUCAGACAAUGCUUUUGAAAGAUGCAUUUGUUCUAGAUUUUGUUGCAGGUGAUAGGAAUCUCGUUCUAAGUUAUGGUCCUUGUCAGUUCCCAACACUCGGGUUUGUCGUGGAAAGGUACUGGGAAAUACAGGCGCACGAGCCUGAAGAGUUCUGGACAAUCAAUUGUUCUCAUACCUCAGAUGAUGGAACUGCCACCUUCAAUUGGAUGCGUGGGCACUUGUUUGACUACACUUGUGCUGUCAUAAUUUAUGAAAUGUGUGUUGAAGAACCCACUGCAACUGUCGCUAAAGUGAGAAAUCAGGAGAAGCUUAAGUAUCCCCCAUAUCCAUUGAGUACUAUUGAGCUCCAAAAACGAGCGUCCCGGUACUUCCGGAUGAGUUCUGAACACACUAUGAAGGUGGCAGAAGAUCUUUAUCAAAGUGGAUUCAUCAGUUAUCCUCGUACAGAGACUGACUGCUUUUCAGUGAACACGGAUUUGCAUGCAAUUGUGCGGGAACAACAAGGGCAUCCUUCAUGGGGUUCGUAUGCGCAACGGCUUCUGGAUCCUGAUGCAGGGCUGUGGAGAAACCCUGGUAGUGGUGGGCAUGAUGACAAAGCGCACCCACCCAUUCAUCCAACAAAAUUUUCUGCUGGAGAAUCUGGAUGGAGCCAAGACCACAAUAGGUUGUAUGAGCUGGUUGUUCGCCACUUCCUUGCCUGUGUCUCACAGCCAGCUGUAGGGGCUGAAACUACUGUCGAAAUUGACAUUGCUGGCGAAUUAUUUUCUUCCUCUGGGCGUGUGAUAGUAGCAAAAAAUUACUUGGAUGUAUAUAGAUUUGAAUCUUGGGGUGGUUCAAUGAUCCCGAAUUACACCUUCGGUCAACAGUUUGUUCCAACGACAUUAACUCUUGAUUCAGGUGUUACAAGACCACCCCCUCUUUUAAGUGAAUCCGAUCUGCUAAGUUGUAUGGACAAGGCCGGUAUUGGCACCGAUGCAACGAUGCACGAUCACAUAAAAAAGCUACUUGAUCGGUUCUAUGCUACUAAAGAUGCAAACACUCGUUUCUCACCAACAAAUCUGGGAGAGGCACUAGUGAUGGGAUAUGAUGACAUGGGGUAUGAGCUCUGGAAACCAUAUCUUAGAGCUAUGAUGGAGUGCGACAUGAAAGCAGUUAGUCUGGGCCAAAAGAGAAAAUUGGAAGUUUUGGAGACAUGCUUGCAGCAGAUGAAAGCCUGCUUUUUAGAUGCUAGGUUGAAGAAAGUGAAACUCUUGGAAGCGAUGGAGAUUUUCUUUGAAAGGUCUAAUAGGCCUGGUGGAGAUGAGCAGCAUGCUGUUGGAGAGACUGUCCGGUCCUGUAGUUUGUGUCGCGAAUCUGAUAUGGUUCUGAAGCGAAGGCCGGAUGGUACUUUUAUGGUUGGAUGCUUGCGCUUUCCACAUUGUCGGAAUGUCGUUUGGCUUCCAGGAGCUGUAUCAGAAGCAGCCGUCACCACCCAUGUUUGCAGCUCUUGCACUCCAGGUCCUGUUUUCAAGAUUCAAUUCAAGUUUCGUCGCUUGGAGAUACCACCGAACUACAAUGUUGACCAUUUGGGUUGUGUUGGUGGCUGUGACGAGACGUUGAAAGAAUUGAUAGAAAUUUGCGGAACCGGCCCCCGCAUUCCUGUUAGCACGCCAGCAAGAGGGCGGCGCCCUAUGGAACCUUCAAAUAAUGCACAGGGAGGGAACACAAGGCAGGCUAGUUGUGUACAUUGCAGUCAAAGGGGGCAUUCUUCAAAUGACUGCCCUUCCCAGGUUUCCAACACACGAGGCAAUCGACGCGGCAGAAACCUAAACUCAGAAAAUGGAACGGAUCCUGUUGUGUGUAAUGCAUGUGGGACACCUUGCGUUUUGCGAACCGCUAAUACAACCGCUAAUAGGGGAAGAAAGUUCUACACGUGCCAAUCGCAGGAGUGCAAUUUCUUUGUAUGGGAGGAUACCAUCGACAACAAUGGUGUGGGCAGAGGAGGUGGGCCGCAUGGUAACAGCCCCACCAGGAGAGGUGGACGUGGCAGAGGGCGCAGGGGAGCACACAAUGCAGCAGAUGCGACCUUUGUAACAGCAACAGGCGAGCCUGUAUCUGGUCGGAGGUGUUUCGCUUGUGGUGAUCCCUCACAUUUUGCAAAUGUCUGCCCAAACCGAGGUUUGUGAGCUUUAUUGGUUUUGCAAGCUUUUGCUGCUGCUGCUGUUCUAAGAAAUUUCGAUUUUUUGCUAUUUUGUAUUCAUGUUAUGUAUUUCACAUGCAAGUAGAAUCUAAUGCAUGUUUAUUGAUUUUACGGCAAAACGCUAUGGUCACCCCACUUGUGGAGACGCGUUAAGGAGCCACCUCGUCAGGUGAUCUCCACUGUAGUUGUGUAAUCGAUCAGCUAAAUCUGCACCGUCAGGUGCGAUGUGCCUGUAUGUAGGAUUUGGAUGGUUACCGUU